AUGGCGCAAGGUAAACCACACUACAAACUCACCUACUUCGACAUCAAGGGAUUGGGCGAGCCAAUCCGCUUGUUGUUCGCGUACGUCGGUCAACCGUACGAGGAUGUGCGCGUAACGAUCGAGGACUGGCCGAAAGUAAAGCCAAGUAAGGGUUCACCUGAUUGGCUAGGUUCACCGGUUAAUCAGUCUGUUGCGAUUAGACAUGCCUUUCGGACAGGUGCCGCUGUUGGAGGUGGACGGCAAACAGCUGACCCACACGUGGGUACCGACAGGCCGAUCGACAAUUUUCCUGGCAUCCUGAAGGACACGUCAAAUAAGCCGAAGUCACUGGACUGCGACGCCGAGGAGAUGAUAUCAGUUCACGAACAACAUCCAUCGUCAGCCAGAGGUACGGAGUUCUAUGAGAUCUGCAGUUGGCGUUGUAUUGGCUGA